GAACUUUGAAACGACUUAGCUCUAAUUUACUAUAUCAAUUCAUGGUUAGGGCGAGGGGGUAAUUCAAAAAAAGUCCGGUGCAAACUCAUCAUAAAUUAGAGAUAAUUAUCUACGGUGUAGACAUAAUAGAGGGGGGUCGUUUCCCUGAUGACUGGGGAGGGAGGAAGAUACAAGUCGAGAAAGGGAUUAAUAGUACACGAAGGGUACAAGUGUCAAACAACGCGAAGCUACAACGAUCGAGGCGACGAAUCCACGGGACCAAGGCCCUCACCGUUGGCAAGAGCUAUUGGCUGCACCAAUCGAAAAACGGGAAGGGGACAAGACAAACGUGAACAACGACUCCACAGGGACAGAGCCAAGCUAGACAUUCAUCGGUCAAGGCAUCUAUCAUCCCCUCCAACCCUAAUGAGCGUAGAGAGCCGAGACGACGACGAAGGAACGAACGAAGCGUGUAGUGUCGCUGAAGACCUAGACAUCAAGAGUCUGAGGGCAGAUAACAGGCAGUCAAAACGAAGAGGAAACACAGCCAGGAAGGGAGAGGAUGUCACAGUCAGGGGGGAGAGGGAUGAGCCCGAGAGAUGAGAACAACCACAGAAACAAAAAGUAAGGGGAACAGUGGAAGGUAAGAAGGAGUGGGGGUGGGAGAGCAGAUAGCCGACAAGUGUAUUCGCGUUUAGAAGGUGAGACGGUUGAAGUCGGCGUGCGGAUACUUGAGUUUGAGUUGCUCGAUGGCCCACCAGGCGGGGGUGGCGUAGGUGACGUGAUUGCUCCCGCCUUUCGGCAUCCCAGAGUGAAGAACACCGACCAUAUGACCCUCUCCAUCGAAGAUGAGCGAGCCCGAGUCGCCCUUGGCGGAGAACGGGCCGGACUGCUUAUCGUAGUUAUAGAUAGCGAGUUCGAUGGACUCGACGCCAAAAUUAUCGCAAAGGUAGGCCUCCAGGCCGGCGUAGCG